AUGUCUCGCUCCGGGGGCCUCGCGGUGCUGCUGCUCCUGGUGCUCGCCGCCAGGGCGGCCGCGGCGAUCAAGCCAUUGGAGGAGGAGCCGCAGGGCGGCAAGUGGACGGACCAGCUCACGGCGGAAGCGGCGAUCAAGCCAUCGGAGGAGCAGCCGCAGGACGGCAACCACCUCACGGCGGCCAAGGGCCUGCUGGGGGAGGAGCCCGCCGCGCGGCUGGCGUACGUCCGGACGGAGGAGAAGAAGGACAGCGAGGACGCGGCGACGAUGCCGUUGGAGGGGAUGAAGCCGGGCGGCGGCGUGGCGAUCCAGCAGGGCGGCGACCCGGGCACGGUGCCGUCGGCGUCGUCGGGGAGCGGCGAGCAUGCGAAGGAGGAGAGCGGCGAGCACGGCAAGGAGGGGAGCAGCAGCACCAGCAAGGAGGGGGAGAAGUCGGCCAAGAGCUGCCUGACCAAGGAGGAGUGCCACAAGAAGCGGCUGCUGUGCGGCAAGGGCUGCACCAUGUCCGCCCACGCCAAGUGCGCCGCCAAGUGCUCCAAGUCCUGCAUCGCCACCUGCUAG